AUGCGUACUGUUCGAUUCCAGAAAGACGACAGCACACCGGAACAGGUUUGGGAAUCAGCACAUCGUCGUUAUGCUCCUCGAUCAAAACCAGAUGGUGUUGAUGUUGUUGCAACACUUCACAAGAGCGGCAAAAAAUAUUUCAUACUUAUCAAACAGUAUCGAAUUCCGAUGGCUGGCACAUGCCUUGAAUUCCCGGCUGGGUUAAUUGAUGAUGGCGAAAGUAUUGAGGCUGCUGGGCUGCGUGAAUUAAAAGAAGAAACAGGUUACACUGCUAAAAAGGUUAUAUCAUGCACGAAAGGAAAACAAGGUUUAAGCCCUGGGCUUACCGACGAAAGUGUUAAUUUUGUGAUGGUUGAUGUGGAUGGCGAUGCGCCGGAAAACCAAAAUCCAAAACAAAAACUGGAUGAUGGUGAGAUUAUUGAGUCCGAGCAGCAGCAGCAGUUCAUCAUCAUUCUUUCUGCUUUUUAUCAGGUUGUGCUUGUGGAAUGUGACAAAUUGUUGCCAUACAUUGAAUCAAUCUGUUCCGAAGUGCACGUAGAAUCAAUGGUUUAUGCAUUUGCACUCGGACUGAACUAUGCACAGCAUUUCCGGUAG